AUGGCUGAUAUCGUAGUUGACGCAAGGAGUUUUAGUUGGGCAGUGGACAGUGCCAUAGCGAGUGAGAGUGCGUCAGAUAUGGGAGAAUCUCGUGUCCGCAGUUUUGCUUCGGUAGUGGACAGUGCCAUAAGGAGUAGCAGUGCUACUGAAGCGGAUUUUGAAACAUCCGCCCCUAUCAGUUGUUUUGCUUUUGCUUCUGCGGUGACCCAAAGAAUUGUUGCUGCACGACUAUCACAAGCAGUGUCGGAUGGGAUAGGAUAUGUUCAUACACGAUUAUUCACCCUAGCUGAGCUUAAAGCGGCCACCAACAAUUUCUCACUUCACAACAAGAUUUUUGGUGCUGGAAGCAUUAGUGUUGUGCACAGAGGUAAACUCUUUGAUGGUCGUGAGGUGGCUAUCAAAAGGGCUGAAACCAGUUCUAAGAUGAAGGAGUUUCAAGAGUUAUUUGGCUAUUUAUCCCUUUUGCCCUGCCUACACCAUAAUCACUUGGUUGGGCUAGUUGGAUUCUGUAAAGAGAAAGAUAAAAGGUUCUUGGUGUAUGAGUACAUGAAGAAUGGGGCGUUAUAUGAUCAUUUGCAUGACAAAAAGAAUGUGGACAAGGAGAGCAGUGUGUUGAAUUCUUGGAGAAUGAGGAUCAAGAUUGCUUUGGAUGCUUCCCGGGGAAUAGAACACCUUCAUAAAUAUGUAGUUCCAACUAUUAUUUACAGAGAUAUCAAGUCUUCCAACAUUCUUCUUGAUGCUAAUUGGACGGCAAGAGUAUCUGGUUUUGAAUCGUCGUGUUUCAUGAGUCCAGAAGCUGAGCAUGUUUACACGGAUAUGGUUACCGCAAAGAGGGAUGUGUACGGGCUUGGAGUUGUGCUGCUUGAACUUUUAACAGGAAAGAAAACUACAUUCAAGUAUGGGUCAUAUAGGUGCACACGUAUGGUGAACAUUGCACGACAUGUUAUUUUGGAUGGGAAAAUGGUGAACGUUUUGGAUCCAAGGGUUGGAGCACCCCAUGGAAAUGACGAAGCAGAGGCACUGGAAUUAGUGGCCCAUACAGCGGUCAAUUGUGUAAAUUUGAACAGGAAAGAUAGGCCAACUAUGACUGAGGUAGUGGCCAAUUUGGAGACAGCUUUAUCACUUGCCAGUGAUAACAGAAAAACAGACCAUUUGCACUAUUUAUGA